AAAGAAUUCACAGAUUGACUCCAGAAAAAAUAAAAACAAACAAAAAAGCCAAAAAAUAGGCUGUAAACUCCAAGACACAUAGUGGUUCAGUUUAAUAAUUCAGUUCAGAAACAAAUUCUGCAAGCCAACAGGAAAAAGACCCUCAACUACAAAGGACAUUCUAAUAACAUGACUAUUUCACACUCCCUGAAAAAGGGAAUAGCAUGUUCCAAAGAGCAGUGGAGCUCAGGAUACAGCCCAGGGUGACUUAGCCUGCAAAUCUGAGCUCAACCAAAUAGAACAAAAGAUGGUUAUUUGAUAAUAAAGAAGAGUUUAAAACACUUUUAGAAAUAUAAUCAGAAAUGAAGAGACCAGUAAAAAAUAUCUUUCUAAAUGUACACAUGGAGACAGGGGUGACGGUGGAAAUCUGGUAGAUGCAACAGUGAAAAGGUAGACAGGAAUAUUAUGGACAUACCUUGAUGACACUCUGCCUAUAGGGGAAUCGAUGCCUUUUUUGUGGGACUACAUUACAACAUGAAAGAGUACAUAAAGGCAGGGAAUGAGGCAGAGGAAUAAUAGAGAGGAUGUUUUGGAGUCAAAUCAAGGGCUAGCAGUUAGAGAAAGGUGACAUCUAUGGUAUAAGGAGACUGGGUGAGGAGGAAGGGUGAAGGAAGGAGGCCUUAUUUUGGAGAUAGAGAGGGUUCCACUGGUGAAUUCUACAGGUGAAGGGAGAUGAGCACCUUAUACUGGGAUAAGGUCCAGGUGAUUUGGUACUUGAAAAGUCUACUAGUUCUAGGAGUCUGGGAGUUGGAGCUCCUGGGGGCAACUGAGACCUGGAAGAGUGGGAGAACAAUAGAUAUAGGGAAGAUCUUUUGUAGGAAAAAAAAUAGUCAACCAAAUAAAAUAGAGAUUAGUGAUGGUUGUAUAAUCAGGGACAUGGGGUGGGGGAGGGGCCCCUCUCAUGGGACAGUGUCCUCUCUGACGCUUGAAAUUAUCGCAUUGUUUUGAGAAUAAGGCACAAGGAAAAGGGAAAUCUAGAGGGUAAGCUCUAUAAGAAGGGCAGAAAGCACCUAGAGGGUAAAGCCUAGAAUGGAUACCUUGGCACCUUUGAUUGUAUAUAGAAUGGCUCAGCAGCCACGGGUCCUAGUCUGACUUCAGGGGCUUCUUCAGCCUCUCUUCCUUCACUUCCCUCACCGAAUAAGCCUUCUCUAUCUCUUGCCCUAGGAUUGAGCUUAUUGGUAAUAUCCAGAUGAAGAGUUAUGGCUGCUGUCUGGGACUUGACCGACAUGGAGCUCAUGCCAGAUAUCAUCUCUUCUUUUGAUCAGUGUUCCAGAUUGUGGCUUUCCCCCCCCCAAGCAAUGUAAUGUAUGCCUUUUGUUCCUUGAAGAAGACAAGUGCUAAAGAUUGGAGUCCUGGAGUAUAGCCUUUCUUUAAAUAGUAUACUGCCAGAUAUAACAAAGGACAACACUACUGAUUUGCAGCACCAUACAGCUGAAACCACUGGAUCAUCUACAGGGAAUGCAAUAUCGGAAAAAACAAAAAGCCGUCUUGGCUCAGGCUAAGAGUAAAUUUUUACUCAGACAGUUGGUGCUGAGAAAAGUAUACUUCAUUUGUCAACAAAUUCAGAAUUGACUGCAGCUCCUUUGAAUUUCAUCACUACAAUUAGAAUAAGUAAUAAUGUUGGAGUAUGGAAAAGUUGUGUUCCUCAAAGUCGUCCUCAAAUAUUGUGAGCCACAGUUAAAAUCCCAGUUGAUCUGGAAUCUGUUGAAGUAAAUUCUAUUGAACCAAAACCACAGCAUAGGAAGAUGUUGAAUAACUCCAGUAUUAACGAUCUGAACUAUAUGCCAUCCUCUAAUCAAGGAUCAUUACCUUUUCAUAAUUACUCAAAAAUGGACAUUUUGGAUAACUCAUGCAGGAUUUCAGUGGCAGCACAUAAAAACUCUGAAGAAGCUUCAUCAAGCAAAGUGACUAUACAUCAGUAUGGUUCGAGAAAUGAACCAGCCAUGUCAUCAGUGGAGAGUAACACAAAUCCAGACCUCCAUCAAACAGCUCCAUCAAAGAUUUGUCAAACUUAUUGCCCUUCGAACACUAAAAAUACUUUUGAACCUUUAAAAAACCAUUGUGAAGUUAACACAGAAAUUUUAGAAACAGUACAAAAUAUUGACACACAGAAUCUUCAUGCUAAUAUAAGUCAAGACGUGGAGAUUGUAACUGAGAAAUCAGAUUGGGAGGAUAACUCUUCUGCUGAUUCAUUCACAAUGCCUAAAAUCACAUCUGUUUUCUCACUUCAGAGUGAACAGGCAUCUGAUUUUUUGUCACCUGAAGAAAACCAGUUGUUACAAGAUGUCUUGAAGGAAAAAUCAAGUGUGGAAAAAGAGUCUUCUAUAGCACCAAAUAAUGGUGAGCCACUUUUGAGAAGUGAGGGAAAGAGCAACAUAAUUCUUAAAGUUUCAGACAAACCAUGUACUUUACCCAUUUCAACUAGUAAUGUGGGAACUGGCAUACAUAUCAAAGCUCUCAGUGCCAGCAACUGUUCGACAAAUACAGAAAUAGAUCGUGGGAAAGAAAAACAAGUACUAUCAACACCAAAAGCUUUGGGAAACGUUGAGAAAGUAUCCAGAAUUACUAGUAUUGGCACAUUCCUGAAAACCCAUUCUGAUACAAUAAUAACUCAGCAACUUGUAAAAGACAAAUUGCAAGCUACUUCAGAAAAUUCUAGUGGCCUAGGUUCUUUUCAUGUUCUGACUCCACCAAUAAAUUCGGAACCAAAAAAAACAAUUUUAGUUCAAUCAACUCCUAAAGGGUUUAUUUUACCUUUGCAUCUUGCUAGCAAAUCUGGAUUACAACUUGUUUCAGGAAGAAGUCUUUCAUCAACUAAUCCUCCAGGUAUUUAUAUGACGCAAGGUGUAUCAUCAUCUCUCCUUAUAAACAAAAAACCUGGAAUGAUUCUAAGGUUAAGUAGCGGAGUACUUGGAAAUGUUGCCAACAUCACAGGUGAGAGUUCUCAAGUUUUUGGUGGAGCUGCAGCUAAAGAGCGUGACAAAACACCUUCUGUAAGAGCAGAAUUGAAAAAGGAUAAUCCAAAUGUAAUCCACCCCUCUACUUUUGAUACUAGACCUAAUGUGACAAUUAGUUCGGAAAAUAGCAUGCCAUUUAAAGGAACAUACAUUAUUAGAAAUCCAGCAGAAUCUUCAGUGAAUAGAAUUUCUUCUCAAAUUACACUGCCUGAAUGUCAAGGCAGUAAGUCAUAUACUUUGACUUCGGUGAAACAGCCAAGUGAAGCUCAGCAGAAACAGUCUCUUUAUGCUCUGUUGCCUGAUGGCCGGCAGGCAGUUCUUCUAAGAUGUGUUACUCCCAAUAAGUCACAAAUAGGAUCAUCUGAUUUAUUACAGAGUAGCACUUAUGAUCUUCAAAAUCAUCAACCAAAGAAAACUGGAGGAACACAGCAAAAAAUACUGCUGAAAAUAAUUAAGAACCCUGCUUUUGAUAACAGCCAGUCAGUAAACAGUCCUAAGUCUUCAUUACAGUUAGAUAUAAUACAGUCCCAUCAAACUUCCAUAGAAAAGGAGAAACAACCAGUCUCUUCAAGUGAUACCUUACCCUUAACAGAUAGAUUGACGCCAACAAAUGCAACUACCGAAACUUCGACAGCAGCGGUAUGCCCCACACCCCCUCAAGAGACAGUAUCUACCACCAACCCUCCAGACCCACCACCAUUAAGCUGUCAAACAGAUGGUUUGUUUGGGAGUAGCUUUAGUAACAGAAAAUCUACCAGAAGACGGAUUUCAAAAAUAAAAACUCACAAAAGACAUAAAUCUUCUGAAUCUAUGAUUAAGUAUAAAAAUAGGAACUUUGGACCAAAAUGGAGGGGAAAUUUCCAGGAAUGGCCUAGGAAAAAAGUAAUGUUGCAUAGGAAGAGUAAAAGAAAAACUAAAUCUGAAGAUUUUCAUGACAAAGACUUUUACAGACCAAGGUUUCCUAAGGACACUGUUAGGACUUUGAGACUUUUCCCUUUUCGUUCUACACAGCUGGUUAAAUGCCCUAGAAGAAACCAGCCAGUUGUGGUUUUAAACCAUCCUGAUGCAGAUGCUCCAGAAGUGAUAAAUGUAAUGAAAACUAUCGCUAAGUUUAAAGGGCAUGUACUCAAGGUUUCAUUGUCAAAAAGAACAAUUCAGGCACUUCUGGAACCAGCAUGUUAUAACAUUUCUAAAGCGAAUACUGAUGACUUUUCUGCCAAGAGACAUGUAUUUAAACCUGUGAAAGAAAGAUUUGUGUUAAAAUUAACACUUAAAAAGACAAGCAAAAAUAAUUAUCAGAUUGUGAAAACUACCUCUGAUAAUACUCUGAAGGCUAAGUUUAACUGCUGGUAUUGUGGUAGAGUAUUUGACAAUCAGGAUGCUUGGGUGGGACACGGACAGCGACAUUUAAUGGAAAUUACUUGGGAUUGGCAUAUGUUAGAGUAAUUUACCUUGAUUAUUAAAAAAUAAAAUUAAAAGAAAAAAAAAAAAGAAUUCAGAGUAAAGAGAGAGACCUGAUGAUUAUAGGGA